AUGGCCGACUCCGAAUCAUCUAGCCUGAAAGGCAGCGGCAGCAGGACACGCCGAGCCUGGACGGUAUCAACAGAGUCCGAAGCAAUGGACAGCUCCGGUCGAAGCAAUGGUCGCUCUUCGAAUGAUUCCAACGAACGACCAAAAACCCAAGGAGGUGAAGCUCCGGACUCCGCAAAGGCUGGCUCCAGCGGUUUCUCGAAGCUCAUCAGCUCGCGUCGACGACGGAAGAAGAAGAAUAACAACGGCGAGCUAGUGGCCGAGGUACCGCCAGUGCCUGGGCUUGUCACGGAACAGGACCUCCAGCAAAGCCGGUCCAAUGAAUCUCGCAAUAGCAAUUCCGCCGUCCCGUCAUCCAAUGCCAGCUCGGUCGCGCCGGAAGGCGAGGUCAUCAAUCUCUUGACUGACGAUUCUGAACCGGAGCGACCUCCACCGCUCACCUCUCACAACUCCCAUACGGGUUUCUAUACAUCCUCCUCCCCGCUCAUCAAAACGACCUCGGUCGAUGCUGGGGACCUGGGAGCAACCGAAGCAGAUCCUGAAUCUACGGUCAGCGGUCCAAGUGCGACCGGGUCCGAGUUCGCCCCAAGUGAGCCUGUUGAUAACCUCUCGAGGCCAGAGACCCGAUCGAGCAUGACGCUAGAUGUCCCAGCAGAUGCCGGCAGCAGACGCCGCAGUACCUCGCCCGGAAGACGGCUCAAGGAUGCGUUUGGCUCGUCGGAUAAGAAGAAUGCGAAUGGGAAUGAUGACGCUUCAUCCAAAUCGGCCGGCAGCCGAAGUGGUCGAAGCUUGUUCAGCAGCCGACGGAGCAGUUUAUCUUCGAAACGGGCACAAGCAACACCGGAGGCGCCCCCGCCUUUGCCUCUGCCUAUUCGCACCGAUCUGACAGAGGAUAAGCCUCCUAAAAGAUCAUUGGAGGCGAGUCCAUUGCCAAACACCCCUCCGCAUACCGCGAUACCGGCUCCUGCAACCACGGUCACUCCUCCAACGCCUACAGAGCAUCGUCCGCUCAAUCCUCAAAUCAUGUCAGAAAUUGUAACGGAUUCGCCCGAGUCUAUCCAGUCCCGCAAUUCCAUAUCAGGGGCCGAGGCUGGCAUCACAGUAAGCCCCUCGGGCAACAUGAUAUCACAUCGAAGGGUACGAUCUGCUUCUGCGGCUCACGGCCCUAGCAAGCUAUCGACGUCCGUCACUGCGCUGACCCCCUUGGAGGAAAGCAAGACGCCAAAGGGUGGAUCAACUCAGCAAAGUGGCUUUUUCUCAUCCGUAUUUUCCGUGGCCCAGAAUGCGGCAAACUCGCUGAGCAACACCCUCAAUUCCCAGCAAAGGAGCCGUACAAUCUCUCAGGCUCCGACCCCUGGCGUCGAUACCGCACCGCCAGAGGAGACCGAUCAAGCUUCGGACGCGGCCAAAAAAGGCGAAGAACAAAAACCAUCGACUGUGGAAACUCUUGGCACUGGCGACUUGAACUUCAGCCAUUUGGGUAUUGAUGCCGCUUCUGGAGAAGUGGUCUCCUCUGCCGACGGUGUGGUCGCCUCAAAACCAGCGACGCCGGUAGGGAAGCGUAAGAACACGGCUGUUUAUCAGCGAGAUGAAGAAGCCGCGAAGCUUGAAGACCAAAGGGCGGCCCGGGCUGUCAACAUGGCCUAUGAGAAGCUCGAAUCCGCUGCGGUCAGCGCUCCUAGUGACGAUAUCUUGGAUCUUCAAUCAACAGUGUCUUUGCCCAAGGAGGGCAUAAUGACUGGUGACCAAACUCCUCCUAGUGGCAGUGUUCUUGACGGAGAUAUUGGCAGCGGCGGUAUCAAGCGCAGUGGUAGUGUGCGUAGUCGACUUGCGCGCCGUCAUCGAGGCUCUUCCGGGGCAACAGCUUCGACAAUUGGUGCAAUUGGUGCCAGCGCCCUAGCCCUCGGCGUGUCUGGUGUGAACUCCAGUGUUCCCCGGCUAACAGGCUUCGCUGUUGCCAGCAAGAAGCGUAACCGGGACUUCCAUCAGUUGUUCCGGAGCGUUCCCGAGGACGACUAUCUGAUUGAGGACUACAGCUGUGCGUUGCAGCGCGAGAUUAUCCUUGCUGGUCGCAUCUACAUCUCUGAGGGUCAUAUCUGCUUCUCCAGUAACAUCCUUGGGUGGGUCACAACUCUGGUUAUCAGCUUCGACGAAGUUGUGGCUAUUGAGAAAGAGAACACGGCUAUGGUUUUCCCCAAUGCAAUUGCUAUUCAGACUCUCCAUGCUCGCCACACCUUCCGCAGUCUGCUUAGUCGAGAGUCGACCUAUGAUCUUAUGGUCAACAUCUGGAAGAUCAACCAUCCAUCUCUCAAGAGCUCUGUCAAUGGCACUCGGGUGACCAAUGGCACUGGCGACAAGACUGAGAAAGUGGGAGAAUGCGAAUCGGAGAGCGAGGAGUCUGACGAGGAUGAGAUCUACGAUGAGGACGAAGAAGGCGAUCAUGCUGAUAGCUUCUUCGAAGCUGGACCCAGUGCCAAUGCAAGCGAGAGGUCACUGCCAGGGCGGGCCGGUUUGAGCCGUCAAACCUCAGGUCUUUUGGCCAACGCGGCGGCGCCAGCCGCUGGAGCGAAUGGCAAUGGCGAGGCGAAGAACGGUGACAAGGCGGGUGCCUCUAAGGAAGCUGACUUCCCGGGUCCGGCAACGCACGCUCCCACCGAGUACACUGAGGGCGAUGGGCAAUACGAAAAGGUCAUCAAGGACGAGAUUAUUCCAGCGCCGCUCGGAAAGGUUUACUCUCUUGUCUUUGGUCCAGCGUCUGGAGAGUUCAUCACCAAAUUCCUUGUGGAAAACCAAAAAUCGGGCGAAUUGCAGUUCGAAGGCACAGCAAAGGGCCUUACCAACGAAAGCAGGAUCAGGAAGUACUCCUACAUCAAGCCUCUCUCUGGCUCCAUUGGUCCCAGGCAAACCAAGUGCAUCAGUACUGAGAAUCUGGAUUUUUUGGAUUUGGAGAAGGCUGUCCUCGUCACUCUGAGCACUCAAACGCCCGACGUGCCUAGUGGAAAUGUUUUCGCCACGAAAACGAAGUAUCUUUUUACCUGGGCUCCUGGUAACCAAACACGCUUCCUGAUGACAUGUAACAUCGAGUGGACCGGCAAGAGUUGGCUGAAGGGGCCUAUCGAAAAAGGUGCGAUCGACGGUCAAACCACGUUCGGUACUGAGCUUGUGAAAGCUUUGAAGGUCGCCGUCGUCCCCCGCGGUCGCACCAACGGUGCCGGCAAGGGCAAGGGUCGCCGUAAGAAGGGCGAUGCUGCAUCCAACGAUGAGGCCAUGAGCGCCUCCUCGAAGGCAGCUGCAGAUACCACAUCCAGCCAGACUGAGUCUUGGGGCCUCUUUGAACCAGUUCGCCCUCUCCUCGAGCCGGUGACUAGCAUGCUCAAGCCUCUGUGGAGCGGGAAUAUUGCAAUCCUAUUUGCAGGGAUCUUGCUCUACAUGGCAUUCUUCCGAUCCCCGUCCUCUUCAUCCCGGCUCGGUCACGAUGUCGGUUUCACUGGUCUCAGUCUUCCUCAAAGGCUCGCUGCGUAUGAAGAAAUGUGGCGACGUGAGGAAAGCGAACUUUGGAAUUGGCUUGAGGAUCGCGUGGGCAUGGAUGGAAUGGCAUUCCCAGUGCUUCAUCAUCACACAGCUGAGGCCCAGGCAAGCCGCCGAAGCUCCCGUAUCAACCCAGCAGACGAGCGUGAUCUCAUCGCCCGGCUUCGCGAAGAGCAGGUCUCUGACCGGGAGAUGGAUCACGCUAUCCGGACGACACGUCAGCGGCUUGACAUUCUCGAGCAGAUGAUGAGCAACCGUAAGGCGGAGCGAAUGCCUGCUGGAGAGCCCAUUCGAAGCGAGCUAUAA